AUGCCUUCCCUUCGUCGUUCAUUUUCAUCCCCGUCAGUACGCUCGUCUCCGUACCCGAGCUCACUAUCAAAUGGUAGUGCAAAUAACACCCGUUCGCGUGUUGCAGCUCAUGGUAUACGUCGUUCGUCUGACUCGGAAACGACUGAACGCAGGGUCCUUGCGGACAUUGAGUGGUGGCGGGUUUCAGAUGGACAGCGCGACCUUGACACAGCCCAGGACCAGGCUGAUCUAGAUCAGGAUGUACAAGACGGAGUGUAUGUCUCCGCGGGCGGCGCCAUUACCCUGUCUGGCUCUGACAGCCCACAGACGCCCCCGCUGGUCUUGCACGACUUUCCCCCCGUAGACUUCGCGCAGUCUAUUCCCAUGAGUCAGUUUGCUGCACUCUCAAUAGCCCCUCACUCUCCAACCGGGAGGAGACACGCGCGCGACUCCUCAGUUUCCUCCCUCGAGUCUACACCUGAGAUGCCCGAAGCUCCUUUGGAGAGCAUUCGCUUCAGUAUGAUUGAUGCAGAUGAUGGCUCUCAUAAUCUCGAACUUCCAUCCGAAUUUGCGCUACCCUCUACAACCCUCAUCUCCCGACCUUCAUUCGCGCUCUUCGGCCUUUUCGCAGGCUUCACGGAGUGCCAUGACCUCGGAGAUGAUGUUCAUCACUUCUCCGACGGCGCCUCCUCCUUUUCACUCAACCAGAACAUCUUCCACUAAGUGCCCGUCAUUCCUCGCUCUCAAAUCCUACCCACUCUAGAGCCACUUCCUCACCGCCGCCAGACACCACCCCCACAUUUCUCGGUUCAAAUUUCAUCCAUUUUAAGCUCAUUUUAUCGCAUCUUUUGCAUACCAUUCACAGUUUGUAAUUUCAUGCGUAUAUCUCCAAAGCUUUUCAGACUGGGCAAAUCGACCAUCUUUUUGCCUCCAUCGGAAAGCUGUUUCUUGCCUACUCUUUCAAAGCUUUACGAUUUACGCCUAACCAACGCCUUUUACGCUCCCGCAUAUUUUCUCCCCUCCGUUCUCGCGCUCAUAAUGGCGUCAAACUCAAAAGCGCUACGUACUUGUUGCCUCCCUAUCUCCGUCAUCAUCUGUAACGACUAGACAUGCAUCCGUGCUCUGCUUUCACCGAUCUUGUUCC